GACUGGUGGGCACUGCGGCUGCGAGCGCGGUGCAGAGUCGAGUGGCCGCCGGCGAUGCCAGACGUGGGGACCUGAGGGGCGGCCAGCGGCGCGAUGGAGCGGGCCAGGGACCGCUUGCACUUGAGACGGACCACGGAGCAGCACGUGCCCGAGGUGGAAGUGCAGGUGAAGCGCAGGAGGACGGCCUCCCUGAGCAACCGCGAGUGUCAGCAGUACGCGAGGCGGUCUCAGCAGCAGCACGUACCUGUGGUGGACUUCCAGGCGGAGCUGAGGCAGGCUUUCCUAGCUGAGACUCCAAGAGGGGGCUAAGGCCGUCUUGGAACGUCCCAGCCUUCCCUUAGGUCUUAAGGAUCCCGAAACUUGACUGGAUAUUGGAUUUGGUGGAACAGCA